AUGCGUCACAAUGAUGAAUCAUUAUGCCAGAAGGAAACACUUAAUGCCCCAAAGCAAAUUCAUGAUAUCACAAAUCUCAACAUUAACUCGACAUGUCAUCAUCCCAUACAACAGAUAUAUCCACCAUCGCCAAAUAUGAACUUCUCGAAGCGUUUGAGAAGAGUCAAUGUCUCUCAAGCUGUGUUGCAGGUGGUGAAGGGUGCACAAAAAUGGAAUGAUAAUGGUAAGAAUGAUGCGUCAUGGGAUAUUUAUGAGGUAUCAGAACACGCCAAACAUACUGUGAAUCCGAUUCGACAGGUUUGCGAUACAAUGUCGAUUGCUCCAAAUCCGAACAAAUCACUAAUCAAACUUCAUCUUGGUGACCCAUCGCUGACCGGCUCAUUUCCACCUUCUCCAGUGGCCGAAAUUGCUAUCGAAACCGCACUCAGAAGUCAUAAGUACAACGGCUAUGGACCGGCAAUUGGCUAUGUAGAAGCAAGAGAAUCGGUUGCACGUCAUUUCAGUACACCACAGGCACCGAUCACUGCAGACGAUGUCAUUCUAGCAAGUGGCUGCUCGCAUGCACUUCAGAUGGCCAUCGAAGUACUCGCUAAUCCAGGCGACAACAUCCUCGUGCCGUCACCUGGCUUCCCACUCUAUUCAACGCUUAUGCGAUCCCAUCAAAUUGAGGAUCGCUUCUAUGAGCUGGACAUGUGUGAAGGAGCACAAAUAAAUUUGGAUAAUUUGGAGUCGUUGAUGGACUGUCGAACAAGAGCGAUUAUUGUCAAUAAUCCGUCAAAUCCAACCGGUGUUGUGUUGAGUCGUGACCAUCUGGAAGAUGUUCUUCGAAUUGCUCAUAAGCAUCGUCUACCUAUUAUUGCAGAUGAAAUCUAUGGUGAGCUAACGUAUGAUGGAGCCGAAUUUGUGCCAUUGGCUACUCUCGAACCACGUGUACCAAUUCUGACAUGUGAUGGAAUUGGUAAACGCUACUUGGUACCCGGAUGGCGUUUGGGAUGGUUGAUAGUGCAUGAUCGCUACGAUGCUUUCACGCAGAUUCGUAAAGGCCUGGUGGCGUUAUCACAGAAGAUUGUCGGUCCUUGUGCACUCAUCCAAGGUGCCUUACCAAAAAUACUCUCCGAUACACCAGCAUCAUUCUUCGAAAGAAUCACAUCGAUCCUGGCCAAGAACGCGUGCAUCGUACAUGAACGUCUUAGCAGAGUGCGCGGAUUGCGACCGCUCAAACCGAACGGUGCAAUGUACAUGAUGAUCGCUAUUGACGAACAGUUCUAUGGUGAUGAUAAAACGUUCGUGCAGAAUUUAAUUGCUGAAGAGAGCGUCUUUUGCCUUCCCGGAUCCGCAUUCCAUGCGCCCAGUUGGUUCCGUAUCGUUCUCACACAUCCAACCAACGUAACAAUCGAAGCUUGCGAGCGCAUCAUUCAAUACUGCAAUCGUCGUGGUUGCAUCCAACACAAAACACCAACCUCUCAAUUUUCAGAUGCAUUUCAGGAGCUGUCGAAUGAAACGUCUGAAUCUGAAUGCUUUUUAUCAGAAUCCGAUUGA